AAUAAGAUGGAUUAAGCUUUAAAAUAAAAUAAUUACUCUUUAAAAUUUGGUUUAGAUAACGAUGACAACAUUUAAUAGCUAAAUACGUCUUACAAUUAAGUAGUGUUCAUUUUGUGUGUGAUGAAGCACGAUCAGAUAAAUGACUGGUUUACAAGUUUGUUUACAAGUACAAGUUUCACGAGUUCACAGCCUUCGAGGAUUUGUAUUCAGACAUUCUCUCAAGCUUUAAGAUUUCCAGCCAAAAUACAACCACAUAAUAACGAUAAACAUGCCUAAUUAGCGGAUAAUAAAUUCGAUGUAUGCUGAAGUGAGGGUCGUGAGAAAGAAUUGAGCGUAUGAGAAUCGUUUGAAUCAUAAAUACAGAACCGAUUCCAAAAUGAUUCGUUCACGUAGAACUAUUUCUGAACUGAAACUAUCUAUUGAUAACCACUUGCUGAAGUUUGAAAGCUAGGCUAUUCGGAAGUAGCAGUAAAAAAACUGGUAUGUGAAGAAGACGACUAAAAUGGACCUGUUUUCCUUUGCGUUUUAUUUUCUAUUUUGCAUUUCAUGGACUUUCUCCUCAAACAUCAUCUCCACACCUAUCAGAAAAGAAAUAUUUGAUUCAAGCAAAGAGAGUCGAUCGAAGUGGACAGGCUCACCAGCAAGAGAUUGGGAGGAAACAGAAAUGCAGCUUGGAAAGCCCCAUGCACACCCAGUCUACCAUGCUUGUAACCCUGAAUUCAAAAAGAAAUCUAAAAAAUUAUUGACAAAAUGGAUCCCAAAACAAGAUGCCCGUGAGCUUCUGCUGGACCUGAGUUUUGCCCAAGUGGACCAGCAGCCUCUUUACAUCUUUGUUAUUAAAUCUAACCAGUCUCAGAAGCCAUAUGGACCACAAAAACCAGUUCUUGCAAUCACAGUCCAGCAUCCAUUCCUUGCAAACGGCUAUCCUCGGGAUGAGGACCUGAGUCAUGCCAAGGCUCUAAAUUUGGGAAACAUCUCUGAGAACAGCUUUUACCUGGAGUUUUCAUACAGCGGAAACUGCAUGUUCAUUGCUUCAGUCCAGGUGUUCUUCCUCAAAUGUCCAGCUUUUACAUGGAAGCAGAUGAAGUUUGAGGAAACUGCAGCAAGAGGGUCGAGGAGAGGAGUGUGUGUGGAUGGAGCAGUGGAGAUUUCGACCCCUCUGACUGAGUGUCAGUCUAAUGGGACAUGGGCUUCACCGCAGGGCUCAUGUGUCUGCAGUGCAGAAUACCAGAGCAGUGGAGACACAUGCAAAGCAAAUGCUCCUGGCAGUCUGUUGGCCACCCCUCCCUCAAUAAAUGAUCCCAGACCUGCACUUCCUCCUGUCCAUACUGGUGUUGUAGUAGGUGGAGUCCUGCUUCUUCUCAUCGUCACAGGUGUCGUACUCCUCUUUGUACGGCAUCACAAGCUCAGAGGUCAUCAAGAUAUGGAGCUUGUGUCCGAAUCUGCUGUGACUCAAUAUCGACGUCAAACUGAGCUACUUGACAGCAAGACUUCUUCUGUUUCUCAUCCUGAAGUUUGUAGGAUAAUCGGCCAAAAUCAGAGUGCUGAAUGUAAACCCUGCUUUCCCACAGCACAGAUAGAGGAAGCAUCUCAGUAUGACUGUGCUUAUGAACCUAUGCGCCCUCACACACUUCAGCUGAAAUCUACAAUGUCAGACUCAGAUCAGAUGUUGGAUGGGAUAAAGGAUCAUCUGCUGUGUCUUAGAGAUGUGCUGGUGGAACGGACAAAGUUACAAUUAAGCCAAAAACUUGGGAAAGGGGAAUUUGGAGCUGUUUAUGAGGGCAUAUUUUCCCCUAAAAUAGGACAAGACAUCAGAGUUGCGGUCAAAACAUCUAAAGACGUGAUCCACAGUGAAGAAGAUCUGGAGUCUUUCCUGAAGGAGGCGGAAAUGAUGAAGCAUUUCGAUCAUGUGAAUGUAGUUAAAUUGCUUGGGGUUGCUCUAGAGUGGGAUCCGGAAUCUUCUAUGGUUGUACCACUGGUUAUUCUCCCAUACAUGAAGCACAGAGACUUACACAGUUUCCUCAGAGCGACAAGAUACGAUGAUGUUCCCAUGUUUGUGCCUCAUCAGAGUCUUCUGCGCUUUAUGAUGGACAUUGCUGCGGGAAUGGAGUAUCUGAGCCUUCAGGGUUUCUUACACAGAGAUCUGGCCGCCCGCAACUGCAUGUUGGGUGAUGAUCUGCGUGUGUGUGUGGCGGACUUUGGCCUCUCUAAGAUGAUGUAUUCCAGCAACUACUACAGACAUAAGAGUCAGGAUGUUAAACUGCCUGUGAGGUGGAUGGCCAUAGAGAGUGUGUCAGACUUCAUAUUCACCACCAAGAGUGAUGUGUGGUCAUUUGGGGUAACCAUGUGGGAGAUCACAUCUAGAGGGAAGGUACCUUAUCCAGGUGUCUCCAAUUACGAGCUUCUGGACUACCUGGAAAAAGGACACCGGCUUAGCCAAGGGGACAAUGACAGCAAACUAUAUGAGCUUAUGUUGAGCUGCUGGCACAGAGAUCCAUCUCAGAGGCCAAGUUUUGGAGAGCUGCACCAGAGCCUCAGUGCUCUUCUGUCUGAGCUUCCACCUCUGGAGGACAGAAUGGAGAGCCACUACAUCAACCUGGGCCUGGAGGCUGCCAACGAUCGACAGGACAGUGCACAAAACCAGGUGGAAAAUAAAACAGACUAUCUGGAUCUGCUUAAAACUGGUGAGGGGUUUGAGGAAAGAGAAGGAAAGUAUAAGGAGGGAGAGCAAAAGUAUAUGUGAGAAUAGUUUGCAUUAUAGAUCAGUUCCACACAGAAAAAAAAUAUUUAAAAUGUAUGUUGCUUCCUAUGCUUUUAAUUUGCUGCGAUUCAUGCCUUUAUUUUUAUAUUUCUUCUCUACACUUUUCUCAAAUUGUUCUUUGUACUGUAAUUAAAAAUCUCAGCAAAUGUCCAGAAUAAAAAAGAAUAAGAUUUUUUUUUACAAGUUAAUUAUAGUUUUAUUUAUUAUGUAGUAUCCUUCAGAUGAUAUUUGGACAAUUAUGCCAAAAAAUUAAAUGUUCUUUAGAUUAAUAUAUUUUUAAUUGAUUGAUCAUUUUUUUUGAAUAUAUUUUUACACCCUUGAAAAGGUACAACAAUCGAUAAUUGUUUUUGGCAUGUCAAUACCAAUCAUUAAGUUGGUUCUGAAGAAAUUAGGCGCACUUGUGUUUUUCAGUCUGUGAUGACUGCACUGGAAAUAAAGAGAAUCUAAUAUAAUCUAGCAGAAAUGUUUGUGCUUUGCCCAAACUAAAACAUUCUGUCAAUUGUUAAUCUGAGAUAUCAAACUCAGAAUUGAAAAACAACGUUUAUUUUUAUGUUGUUGUUUUUAUUCCUUAUUUUGAAUACGGCUGGACAAUUACUCGUAAAAGUAAUUGAAAUCGACAUUCAGAAUCUAUAAUCGAUCAAAUUAUUCUGGGUCAGUUUUUUCAAUUAGUUUCCCUACCGCAUUGUGGUGUCAUGUGACCCCGUUCUAUUAAGGCUGAUUUCUACUUGUGCGUCGAAAGCACAGGUAUGGUCCGGCACAUCCUUUGCGAAGUCACAUACCAGCGCACCUCUCAAAGAAUGUUUCGUUUGCACUAUGUUGACGAUAUUUGUAAGCUGCACCAGUGAUGCCUUGAGACGGCACAUUUUAAAUUACAAUAAAAUUAUUAUUUACAUUAACAUAUUUGUUUACAGAAGAUUCAAGAAAUCCACUGUUAAAUAUUAUUUACA